AAUACAAGAUGGGUAUACUGGAAAAAAUAUCAGAAAUUGAAAAAGAAAUUGCAAGAACACAAAAAAAUAAAGCAACUGAGUAUCAUUUGGGUUUGUUGAAAGCAAAAUUGGCAAAAUACAGAUCACAAUUAUUGGAACCGACAAAAAAAGCUGGUGAAAAAGGUGAAGGUUUUGAUGUAUUAAAAUCUGGUGAUGCUCGUGUUGCACUUAUUGGUUUUCCAUCAGUUGGAAAAUCAACAUUAUUGAGUACUUUAACACAAACAGCAUCAGAAGCAGCUUCAUAUGAAUUUACAACAUUGACAUGUAUUCCCGGUGUUAUUGAAUAUAAAGGUGCAAAUAUACAACUUCUUGAUUUACCUGGUAUCAUUGAAGGAGCUGCACAGGGUAAAGGUAGAGGUAGACAGGUUAUUGCUGUUGCUAGAACAGCUGAUUUGGUAUUGAUGAUGUUGGAUGCAACAAAACAAGAUGUACAAAGACAUUUAUUGGAAAAAGAAUUGGAAUCAGUUGGUAUUAGAUUAAACAAAAGAAAACCAAAUAUUUAUUUUAAAAUAAAAAAAGGUGGUGGUUUGUCAUUUAAUUCAACUUGUCCAUUAACAAAAUGUGAUGAAAAGCUUGUACAAAUGAUACUUCAUGAAUAUAAAAUAUUUAAUGCUGAAGUAUUAUUUAGAGAAGAUUGUACUGCUGAUGAAUUAAUUGAUGUUAUUAAUAAUAAUCGUGUUUAUUUACCUUGUUUAUAUGCCUACAAUAAAAUUGAUCAAAUAUCAAUUGAAGAAGUUGAUAGAAUUGCAAGACAACCAAAUACAGUUGUAGUUAGUUGUAAUAUGAAGUUAAAUCUUGACUUUUUAUUGGAAACUAUUUGGGAAUAUCUUUCACUUAUCAGAGUAUACACUAAAAAACCUGGUGCACCACCAGAUUUUGAUGAUGGUUUAAUUUUAAGAAAAGGAGUUACUGUUGAACAUGUUUGUCAUGCUGUUCAUCGUACUCUUGUUGCACAAUUUAAAUAUGCACUUGUUUGGGGAACAAGUACUAAAUAUUCACCUCAAAGAGUUGGUAUACAACAUACAAUGGCUGAUGAAGAUGUUAUCCAGGUUGUUAAAAAGUAAAGAGCGUUAAAAAAAAAAUCAUGGCAAAAAGAAAAGUUGCAUUUUAUUUGAUAUUUAAAUGUCGUCUAAACUAUUUUUUUUUAAAUUUAAUAAACAUUCAGUUACUACUUUAUUUU